CCCUCCCUCUCCCUCUCGCUCUCUCGCUCUCUCGCUUUUGGCACUUGUUGCGUCUUGAUUGUGCUGAUCUUUGCUCAGCGCCAUCCCCUCCAUCGAGCGACAUCGUAGUGCGGCGCAUCACCUUUCAUCAUGGAAGAUCCGCCGCCCCCCGCAUAUGCGGAUGUAGUUUCUGAGAGCGGGCAUACAGCGCUGCUGGAUUCCUCGCUUGAAAGCUCGCGGUCGGGGGUAUACGAGGCGCCACCGACUCCCCUAGCUGCACCCGCGCCCGAAGCCUUCCUUGCACCCGGGUCGGGGUAUGCAUCUGCUGCACCGCCUGCACCACCACCGCCGCCUGCCCCUGCACCCCAGCAGCUGGUGGUCUCACCCACAGAAGGACCCACUGCCGAUGAGAUCAGUGAAGAAUCUUGUUUGAAGGAAAACGGCGCCUUCUUUCUCGCCUUUGCUGCCAUCUUGGCCCUCAUUCUGCUGACAGUGGGCCUUUUCUCGCGCGAAUUUGAGCGUACCAGUAGCCUCGAUCUCAACGGCACACUGGCCAACGGAUACAGCUGUUAUCACCGCCCUGGCGACUGGCGGUUGAUGGAGCGUCAAUUCUAUCUUCUCUCCAACGCAUGGGGCGUUUACAGCGGCUUCAACAACCCUAUGCGUGACUGCGAAGCCUAUCGUAAGCAGGGCCACAAAGCGCGCUUUACCCUUCCAGAUGACGACGAGGCCGACCAAGAUGAGCGACGAGACUUUUGGCUCAUGGACAACGGUGCCUCGGAGAACACGGGCGCUACACGGGCGCGUCGCUCUUUUUCCACCAGCGAGCGGCGCAAGCAUCCCCUGGGCUACAAGUCGUGGAUGUGCAAAGUUAACCAGGACACGGCCAAGCAGUCGAGCUAUUACACCACCACGACCAGCAUCUUGUCGGUCUUUGGCAUUGUGUCCUUGAUCAUUUCUUUGACCGUGCUCUCCGGAGACAACACUUCACCAUACCACAGCCUGGGGUCGUGGCUGAUCGGCGCCUUCUUUCCGUUAUUGGCCCUGAUCCUCGGGGCCCUGGUCGCGACCUUUUCAAUCCUGGUCUUAACGCAGCUGCAGAAAUUCAACUUGGAGACAGGCCCCGCCCCGACAGAUGACGGCGAGUACUACAUUUGUGCGGGGACCUACAAGCGCGUCUACGUUGCCUCGAACUGCAUCAUUGCCGGCCUCGUCUUUUACGUGCCUGGCCUCCUUUACGUGUUCUGGUGCGUCCUCACGUCUGCAGCUCGAAGCCUCUGUGGCUCAGGAUCCAGUGCUUCCGAGGCCGAUAGGUCCGCCUCUGAAGCCUGAGGGCUGCAAGUUCCCAUGCUAUGAUCAAUUCACAUCAUGUCAAUCAUCCAUCCGAUCUAAUUAUCCAUCUGAUCCGAGUUGCCGAGUCCAUUUUGGUCGCCGCCCCAUGUUCAAUGACUUGGAACGAAGGCAGUGACGCCGACCCCGGAACAUUUGUCUGACAAAUAUGGCGCUACCUGUGCCAAAUGCCGCUUGCAGAUGCACCCGAGCUGAGUUUUCGCAUAUAAAAUCGAUCUUAUCGUUGUUUUCAA